CCCGGCCCGCCGCUCCCUCCCGCCGGUGCGAUGCUGCUGCCGCUCGCCGUGCUGCCCUGCGCCUUCGUCCUGCUGCGGGCCGCAGCCUCUCUCCAAGUGGACAUCGUUCCAAGCCAGGGGGAGAUCAGCGUUGGAGAGUCCAAGUUCUUCUUAUGUCAAGUGGCCGGGGAGGCCAGGUCCAAGGACAUCUCGUGGUUCUCCCCGAACGGGGAGCGGCUGAGCCCGGGCCAGCAGCGCAUCUCGGUGGUGCGCAACGAUGACUUCUCCUCCACGCUCACCAUCUACAAUGCCAACAUCGACGACGCCGGCAUCUACAAGUGUGUGGUCAGCAGCCCCGAGGAGGGCGACUCCGAGGCCACUGUCAACGUCAAGAUUUUCCAAAAGCUGAUGUUCAAGAACGCUCCCACCCCCCAGGAGUUCAAGGAAGGGGACGACGCUGUGAUCGUGUGCGACGUGGUCAGCUCGCUGCCCCCCACCAUCAUCUGGAAGCACAAAGGCAGGGAUGUCAUCCUCAAAAAGGAUGUGCGCUUCAUCGUUCUGUCCAACAACUACCUGCAGAUCCGGGGCAUCAAGAAGACAGAUGAGGGCACCUACAGGUGUGAGGGGAGGAUCCUGGCCCGUGGGGAGAUCAACUUCAAGGACAUCCAGGUCAUCGUCAACGUGCCUCCCUCUGUGCGUGCCAGGCAGAGCACCAUGAACGCCACUGCCAACCUCAGCCAGUCUGUCACCCUGGCCUGCGAUGCUGACGGCUUCCCCGAGCCCACCGUGUCCUGGACAAAGGAUGGAGAGCCUGUGGAGGAGGUGGAGGAGGAGGAGGAGGACAAAUACAGCUUCAACUCGGACGGCUCCGAGCUGGUGAUCCACAGGGUGGACAAGAGCGACGAGGCCGAGUACAUCUGCAUUGCUGAGAACAAGGCUGGAGAGGCUGACGCCACCAUCCACCUCAAAGUCUUUGCCAAACCCAAGAUCACCUACGUGGAGAACAAGACAGCCAUGGAGCUGGAGGAUCAGAUCACGCUGACCUGCGAGGCCUCGGGGGACCCCAUCCCCUCCAUCACCUGGAGGAGCUCCAGCAGGAACAUCAGCAGCGAGGAGAAGGCUUCGUGGACCCGGCCCGAGAAACAAGAGACGCUGGACGGGCGGAUCGUGGUGCGCAGCCACGCUCGCGUCUCCUCGCUGACGCUCAAGGACAUCCAGUACACGGACGCGGGCGAGUACAUCUGCACUGCCAGCAACACCAUCGGCCAGGACUCGCAGGCCAUGUACCUGGAGGUGCAGUAUGCCCCCAAGCUGCAGGGCCCUGUGGCCGUGUACACCUGGGAAGGAAACCAGGUGAACAUCACCUGUGAGGUGUUUGCCUACCCCAGUGCUGUCAUCUCCUGGUUCCGGGAUGGGCAGCUGCUCCCCAGCUCCAACUACAGCAACAUCAAGAUCUACAACACCCCCUCAGCAAGUUACCUGGAGGUGACCCCAGACUCAGAGAAUGACUUUGGGAACUACAACUGCACGGCCGUGAACCGCAUCGGGCAGGAGUCCUCCGAGUUCAUCCUGGUGCAGGCAGACACGCCCUCGUCGCCCUCCAUCGGCAGGGUGGAGCCCUACUCCAGCAGCGCCCAGGUGGAGUUUGAGGAGCCCGAGGCCACGGGCGGGGUGCCCAUCCUCAGGUACAAGGCGGAGUGGAGGGCCCUGGGCGAGGGGGACUGGCACUCCAGGCUCUACGAUGCCAAGGAAGCCAACGUGGAGGGGACAGUGACCAUCACGGGGCUGAAGCCUGAGACCACCUAUGCAGUGAGGCUGUCAGCAGUCAAUGGCAAGGGCGUGGGGGAGCUCAGCCCGCCCGCCGAGUUCAAGACGCAGCCAGUUCGCAUCCCUCACCCACGGGAACCCAGUGCCCCCAAGCUGGAAGGUCACAUAGGAGAAGAUGGCAACUCCAUCAAGGUGAACGUCAUCAAGCAGGACGACGGUGGCUCCCCGAUCAGGCACUACCUGAUCAAGUACAAAGCUAAGCACUCCUCGGAGUGGAAGCCCGAGAUCCGGCUGCCGUCGGGCAGCGACCACGUCAUGCUGAAGUCCCUGGACUGGAACGCCGACUACGAGGUCUACGUGGUGGCCGAGAACCAGCAGGGCAAGUCCAAGCCUGCCCACUACGCCUUCCGCACCUCCGCCCAGCCCACGGUGAUCCCAGCCAGCACCAGCCCUGCCUCGGGCCUGGGCACUGCUGCCAUCAUUGGCAUCCUCGUGGUGGUGUUCGUGGCGCUGCUGGUGGCCGUGGAUGUCACCUGCUACUUCCUGAACAAGUGUGGGCUGCUCAUGUGCAUCGCCGUCAACCUGUGCGGCAAAUCCGGCCCGGGGGCCAAGGGCAAGGACAUGGAGGAGGGCAAGGCGGCCUUCUCGAAGGAUGAGUCCAAGGAGCCCAUCGUGGAGGUGCGCACGGAGGAGGAGAGGACCCCCAACCACGACGGGGGGAAGCACACGGAGCCCAACGAGACCACCCCGCUGACAGAGCCAGAGCACCCCGCCGACACCGCGGCCACCGUGGAGGACAUGCUGCCUUCUGUCACCACGGGCACCACUAACUCUGACACUAUCACUGAAACCUUUGCCACUGCCCAGAACAGCCCCACCAGCGAGAGCACCACGCUGACCUCCAGCGCUGCCCCGCCGCCCGCAGGGGCUCCCGACGGGGCCGCGGCUCCCGGCCAGGCCACCCCGGCCAAGGGCACGGCCGCCACCUCGGCAGUGUCACCAACACCCUCCUCCGCCCCCAAAGUGGCCCCUCUGGUCGAUCUCAGCGACACCCCCAGCUCUGCUCCGGCCACCAAUAAUUUAUCUUCAGGUGUGCUGCCGGGGCAGGCCGUGCUCAGCCCCAGUGCCGCCGAUGCCGCCCCAGCCGGGAGCAAGGCGGGCGCCCCCAGCCCCGCCAGCCUCACGAGCCCUGCAGCUCCCAACGAGGCCAAGCAGGAGGUGGCCAAGAGCCCCGAGAAGGAGCCCGUGCAGCCCAGCACGGUGAAGAGCCCGGCAGAGACCCCCAAGAACCCGAGCAACGCGAAGAGCGAGGCUGCCGCGGGCAGCGCCGCCAACCCCUCGCAGAACGAGGACUUUAAAAUGGACGAAGGGACCUUCAAGCCACCAGACAUUGACCUUGCCAAGGAUGUUUUUGCAGCUCUUGGCACUGCUUCUCCUCCUGCUGCCAACGGGGCUGGUGGGCAAGCCCCCGAGGCUGCUGCUGCCGCUGCAGACAGCUCUGCCCCCGCAAAGACCGAGAAAAUGCCAGCAGAGGACAAGGGCGCCGUGCAGGACAGGAAGAGCCCCGCGGCAGAGGUGAAGACGGUGCCCAACGAAGCCACACAAACAAAGGAGAGCGAGAGCAAAGCAUGAUCAGCACCAGAGGGGACGGCAGAAACCUUCACCCGAGCAUUGAAAUCACAACCCACACACCCAUCUCAUUCCUCUAGUGUCUGUUGCCUUUUUUUAAAAAAGAAAGACAAACAAACCAACCAGAAAAAUGCAUAAAUGGGGGGAGGGAGGGAAUGUCUCUUUUUUCCUUUUCUUUUUUAAUUUUUUCUCUUCUUCUCUUUUUUUUUUAAUUUUGAUUUCUAUUUUUUGCUUUCUUUGAGAUUUCUAGAAAGGUUCUAUUCGUUGUGCACUUGCUUUUAAAAAGUAAAACAUGUUAAAAACAGGGUUAAACCCGUCACCAAAUCAGGGCUCAGCUGGCCCUGUGUAUAUUCAAACAAGCAAACAUUGCAAUGCUGGUUGCAGUGUGGUUGGGAAGCUCAAAAUCAAGUAGUCCUAGACACAAAAAAAAACCACAAAAAAGACAAAAAAAAGAAAAGAGACCCUGUUGUUUCCUUUGUUAGUAUAGCAGAGAUAACCACUGUGCUGCUGGGCACAGCUGGUGCUUAAAGAACAAAGUCCACAAUUUAUUUUUAUACUUUUCAGUCGAGUUUGAAAUAUGUAAAGCCUCAUAAAUAAGUUAUAAUUUCUGUUCA